AUGGGUCUCCUGACGCAGUUCACUCUGCUCCUGUGGAAGAACUUCACUCUACGGAAGAGACAAAAGGUGCGGCUGGUUGUUGAAGUGUUAUGGCCUCUGUUUCUCUUUUUCAUACUGGUGUGGGUGCGUUCCACAAAUAAGCCAAUUUAUAAAGGCCAAUGUCACUACCCAAAUAAAGCCAUGCCAUCGGCUGGCGUGCUGCCCUGGCUUCAAGGUAUGAUGUGUAACAUCAACAAUCCCUGUUUGAACUAUCCAACGCCGGGGGAGACACCAGGCCAAGUCAACAACUACAACAACUCCAUAAUUGCUGGGAUGUUGAUAGAGCUGCAAACCCUCCUGGUGAACAGAUCUAUUCUCAGCAAGGCACAGUUGCUGGCAGAUGACCUCAACCAGUGGGAUUCAGUCCUCUCACAGUCUAACCCUGGCAAUGCUCAACCAGUGAUACUAAGGCGUAUUCUAAGAGACAAUGAAACUUUCUCCACUCAUCUGAAAGGGAAUUUGUCGGUGCCACCAACAGUGGUUGAAAGCCUCCUGAAUGCUGGGAUUAAACUCAAUCCGAUGAUGGGCGGCCCGAGGCCAGGCAACCUGAGCAGCAUCCUGUGUGAGGGGACAGAUCUGGAUGAGUAUAUCCAAUUUAGCAGCCAAGCUGAAAAGGAGGCUUUUCAAAAUGUCAGCUGCUCCCGCAAUCCACAGCAGCUGAUUAACGCCCAGCAAGUGCUCCUGCAAAACCUGGAUGUGAGGAAAGUGCUUUCUGAGGUGCCUUCAGCUUUGGAUCUGAAUGUAACAGACACAGCAACCCUGAUGAGGAAAACCACUCGAGAUGCAUUGCCAGUGAUUGAGGGGAUAGCCAGGUUGCAGAGCUCAGUGAACUUUAAGGCUGCUACUUCAUUGGAUUUCCAAGAGGACAUGUUUGGCAGUAUCAGUAUGCUACUGUGUGGAGAGCAGCCUGACAACAGUUCAAGCUCACCUAGACAGAUGAGGAACAAGAAGUCAGUCUUCAUCAGGGGCAACAGUUCUGAUGCUUUUUGUCAGACUCUUGUCGACUCCCUGGAGGGAACACCUGGUCUGCGCUACAUUUGGAGCACAUUCAAGCCGUUAUUGAAAGGGAAGGUCCUCUACACACCUGAUACACCCGCUGUUCGCCUCAUGGUGAAAGAGGCAAAUGCCACAUUCUACACUUUGGCUAUACUUAAAGAGCUUGCUGAUUCAUGGGAGAAACUUGGGCCACGUGUCUGGGAUUUCCUUCAAAGUAGCCCUCAAGUCAAUGCAUUACGGGCUUUGCUGGCAAAUCCAUGGUUUGCUGCUGCGCUUAACCAGCGCCUCAACGGCACAGGAUGGACAGCCGAGCUACUGGCUAACUUCCUGUACAACGGGCCUCCUGAGGAUCGUCCACCUGGCAUGCCUCCCCGAGACUGGCGGGAUGCUUACAACACCACCACUGAAAUUCUGAAGCUUCUCUCUGACUUCCUUUCCUGUUUAGAAUUGAAUAAGUUCGAGGCAGCCUCCACUGAAAGCCACCUUGUGAGCAAAGCACUGGAGCUUCUGGAGAAUGAUACGUACUGGGCCGGUGUCGUCUUUGAAAACCUCGAGCCAAACUCCAGCGACCUCCCUCCCUAUGUCAAAUACAAAAUUCGCAUGGACAUCGAUGAGGUAGAGCGUACCAACAAAGUGAAAGACAGGUUAUGGUCUCCCGGGGCCCGAGACAACCCCUUUAACGACCUGCGCUAUAUCUGGGGAGGCUUCGCCUACCUGCAGGAUAUGAUGGACCACGGCAUUAUACGAGUGCAGACGUCAAAGACUCAACCCCUCGGUGUUUUUGCCCAGCAAAUGCCAUACCCUUGCUACGUGGAUGACGUGUUCCUCCGGUCUCUGGCACGUUCCCUUCCCUUAUAUAUGACUUUAGCCUGGAUCUACUCAGUGGCCAUGAUCGUUAAGGGUGUCGUCGCAGAGAAAGAGGCCAGGCUUAAGGAGACAGUGAGGAUCAUGGGACUGAGAGGUGCCAUCUAUUGGCUGAGCUGGGCAGUGUCCAGUCUGCUCCCGCUGGCCAUCAGCUCUCUCUCCCUUGCCCUUAUACUGAAGUACGGCAAAGUGCUGCAAUACAGCGACCCCUCAGUAAUCUUUGUCUUCCUGCUGGUGUUCUGCCUGGCCACCAUCACUCAGUGCUUCUUCAUUAGCGUCUUCUUCUCUAAGGCCAACUUAGCGGCGGCGUGUGGCGGCCUCAUCUACUUUCUCCUCUACCUACCGCACAUCCUUUGCUACGCCUGGAGGGACGUCAUGGGUUUCCGGGCCAAGGUUGUUGUGAGUUUAUUGUCAUGUGUGGCCUUUGGCUACGGCUGUGAGAACUUUGCCAAGUAUGAGGAGCAAGGCAUCGGCAUUCAGUGGUACAACAUCAACAAGAGUCCAGAGGAGGGAGAACGCUACACCUUCAUCGUGUCCAUCAUCAUGAUGCUCUUUGAUGCUGUUUUUUACUGGCUGCUCACCUGGUACAUUGAAAAUGUCUUUCCAGGCCAAUAUGGAAUCCCUAAGCCAUGGUACUUCCCAUUCACUGCAUCUUACUGGUGUGGGACAACCUCAGUGACUGAUGUUGACCCCGACUUGCUGAGGGACUCCACUUUACAUAAUGAGUAUCUGGAGAAACCACCACCUGAUAUGAAAGCGGGCGUCUCAGUCCGCAAUCUUGUUAAAAUCUACAAGACUGGGAAGAAGCUUGCUGUAGACGGACUGAGUAUGGACUUCUAUGAGAAUCAGAUCACAUCUUUUCUUGGCCACAAUGGAGCCGGAAAAACCACCACAAUGUCAAUUCUAACAGGACUGUUCCCACCUACAUCUGGAACAGCUCUCAUCAACGGAUAUGACAUCCUUACUGACAUGGACAGCAUCCGAAAGUACUUGGGAAUGUGCCCGCAGCACAAUGUCUUAUUCAGCGAGCUGACAGUGGAGGAGCAUAUCUACUUCUACGCCAGGCUGAAAGGACGAAGCCGCGAUGAGGUGAAAAUUGAGAUUGACCAGAUGAUUGAGGAUGUUGGUUUACCCCACAAGCGGAAGGAUCUUGCUAAGAACUUGUCAGGUGGGAUGCAGAGAAAGCUGUCUGUGGCUAUAGCAUUUGUCGGAGGCUCAAAUAUUGUCAUCUUAGAUGAACCUACAGCAGGAGUGGACCCCUAUGCCCGCAGAGGUAUCUGGGAACUCCUGCUAAAAUACAAACAAGGUCGCACCAUCAUUUUGUCUACGCACCACAUGGAUGAGGCAGACAUCCUAGGUGAUCGCAUUGCCAUCAUCUCCCACGGGAAGAUGCGUUGCUGUGGCUCCUCACUGUUCCUAAAGAAAUGUUUUGGCAGCGGCUACUACCUCACUCUGGUCCGAGAUGGGACUGAAAAAAUGACAGUUCAGCGUAAUGGAAUCAUACACAACCACGGCAAAGAGGAGAAAGACCGUCCUUCGAGGAGCGGUAGCCCGGAUGAUGGCAUCGGCAGCCAAAGCUGGGGUGACACUAAUCCCUCAGAUUUGGCAGCUCUGGGUCAAAUUGUGCUGCGCCACGUUCCUGAGGCAGUCUUCUUGGAGAGCAUUGGUCAGGAGAUCACCUACAUACUGCCUUAUGGUGGAGCCAGGGAUGGGACCUUUGCCCUGCUGUUCCAAGAGCUCGACCUAGCCAUGACUGACCUCGACCUGACCAGUUACGGCAUCUCUGACACCACGCUGGAGGAGAUAUUUCUGAAAGUGGCAGAAGAUACAGGAGUGGAUGCAGACAUACAAACAACAAAGGAGCUGUUGGUGAAAGACUGCAAAAGAGGCUCCCCCACAUCCAAGCGGAACAGCAUCUCCAGCGUCCACAUGAAAACAGAGCAAGUCUCUGGAUUGAGAGACUUUAAGGAGAUCACAAGUAAAGUGGAAGACUUAAAGAGGAAUGCCAGUGUCAGCGGGAAGGGGUCCACGGUCAUCAUGGGAUGGGAGCUGAUCAGGAGGCAGUUCCUGGCGCUCUUUAUCAAGCGCUUCCACCACGCCCGAAGGAGCCGCAAGGGACUCAUUGCCCAGGUGGUCUUGCCUGCUUUUUUUGUGUGCCUGUCUCUGAUCUUCACACUCAUCGUCCCACCGUUCGCUGAAUAUCCGAGUCUGGAGCUGCAACCCUGGAUGUAUAAUCUGCCUCAAACCACCUUUUACAGCAAUGAUGUGGCAGAUAAUGUGGAGGUGUCUAAGGUGGUAGAAACACUGGUGAACGAGCCUGGCUUUGGGACACGUUGCAUGAAUGGAGACCCAAUACCGAAGUUACCAUGUUCUUCUACUGGCUCUGAUUGGUUCACUCCACCUGUGGAUCAAUCCGUCAUUGACAUCUUCCUCAACGGGAACUGGAGCAUGUCUAACCCCUCCCCCUCCUGUCAGUGCAGCACACCUAAACGGAGGAUCAUGUUACCUGACUGUCCACCCGCUGCAGGAGGGCUCCCUCCACCUCAGAGGAUCCAGAACACAACAGACACAUUGUUGGAUUUAACUGGGCGGAACAUGACAGACUUCCUGGUCAAGACUUAUGAGCACUCGGGUAAAACAAGGUACGGAGGCAUCUCUGUAGGGGCAGUCAACUCCCAAGUCCGUUUGACUGAGGCAGCAAUAGAAGCCUCAUUUAGGGAUCUACGAGGUCUUUUCAGUUCGUUUCAGGAUAAUGUGACUGAUCAGAUCUUCCAGAGUGCUGAGACGCUGCUGAAGAAGCUGGGAACCAGGAACAAUGUAAAGGUGUGGUUCUACAACCAGGCAUGGCACGGCGUGGUGUCCUUCCUCAGUGUGGCCAACAACGCCAUCCUGAGGGGGAAUCUGCCAGCAGGACAGGAUCCCCGUCGGUACGGCAUCUCCGUGUCCAAUCAUCCCCUCAACCUCACCAAGGCGCAGCUCUCCUAUGUUGCCAUGGCCACAACCUCAACUGAUGUGGUGGUGUCCAUCUGUGUUAUCUUUGCCAUGUCCUUCAUCCCUGCCAGCUUUGUCCUCUUCCUCAUCCAAGAGAGGGUGAACAAAGCCAAGCAUCUGCAAUUUGUCAGUGGAGUAAACCCAGCUGUCUACUGGUUGGCCAAUUUGGCCUGGGACACGUGUAACUACAUCAUCCCAUGCCUUAUUGUGAUUGUGAUCUUCCUCUGCUUCCAACAAAAAGCCUAUGUUUCACCUCCGAACCUGCCUGCUUUGAUUCUGCUGCUUAUUCUGUAUGGGUGGUCCAUCACCCCCAUGAUGUAUCCUGCAUCCUUCAUCUUCAGCGUGCCCAGCACUGCCUACGUGGUGCUGACCUGCAUCAACCUCUUCAUUGGUAUUAACGGCAGCAUAGCAACCUUUGUUAUGGAGCUCUUUGAUGAUGACAAUGUGUCCCGCAUCAACGACAUAGUGAAGCAGGUGCUGCUGAUAUUCCCACAUUUCUGUCUGGGCAGAGGGCUAAUUGACAUGGCCAAGAACCAGGCAAUGGCCACCCUCUUCAGCAGUUUUGGGGAAGACCGUUUCAAGGACCCACUCAGCUGGGACAUGGUGGGAAAGAACCUGUGCGCCAUGUCCAUCCAGGGAGUCGUCAUGUUUGCAUUCACAGUCCUCAUCCAGUAUAAAUUCUUCUGCAAACCACGGCUUAUUAUGGGGAAGUCAUUAUCUGCAGAGGAAGAGGAUAUUGAUGUCGCACGGGAACGUGAGCGGGUGUAUGAAGGCAACGCCCAGAAAGACCUUCUGAGGAUCUGUGACCUCACUAAGGUAUACUCUCGGAAGAGCACCCCUGCUGUGGACAGGCUAUGUGUGGGAGUACCUGCCGCAGAGUGUUUCGGUUUGCUUGGAAUCAACGGGGCUGGGAAAACCACCACGUUCAAGAUGCUGACAGGAGACAUCCCAGUCUCCGGUGGAGAGGCCUUCCUAAAUGGAUACAGCAUACGGACAGAAAUGAGGAACGUGCACCAGAACAUGGGCUAUUGUCCCCAGUUUGAUGCUCUUGAUGAACUGCUGACUGGACGAGAGCAUCUGGAGUUUUACGCCAGGUUACGAGGGGUGCCAGAAAAAGAGAUCGCCAUGGUUGCCGAGUGGGGGAUCCAGAAAUUGGGGCUGGUGAAGUAUUCCAACAAGUCAGCAGGAACCUACAGCGGUGGGAACAAACGUAAACUUUCUACAGCGAUAGCCCUGAUCGGAUGUCCUCCAGUGAUUUUCCUGGAUGAGCCAACCACUGGGAUGGACCCCAAAGCCCGGCGCUUCCUGUGGGACUGCAUCCUGAGUGUCAUCAAAGAGGGACGCUCAGUCAUUCUCACAUCACACAGUAUGGAGGAGUGUGAAGCACUGUGCACACGCAUGGCCAUCAUGGUAAACGGUCGCUUCAAGUGCCUUGGGAGCAUCCAGCAUCUGAAGAGCAGAUUUGGUGACGGCUACACAGUGAUUGUGAAGGUUGGUGGCUCUCCCCCUGCGCUGAAGUCAGUCGAGGACUUUGUCCAACAGUCCUUCCCAGGCAGCGUCCUGAAGGAGAAACAUCACAACACGCUGCAGUAUCAGCUGCCGUGCACACAGGGGGCUUUGGCCAACAUCUUCGGCCAGUUCACAAGUCAGCAGCAUAGGCUGGGUGUGGAGGACUACUCGGUGUCCCAGACCACGUUGGAUCAGGUCUUUGUGAACUUUGCGAAGCACCAGCAUGGAGAGGGUGACUCUCAGGCCUAUGACAAUGCAGUGGACACCUCAGACGAGGUGCUGUUGGAGACUCUCAAGACCCCCCAAGGAACAGAGGUUUAGCACCCAUGAGACACAUUACAGCAGUGUGAUUUGCAUCAGCAGAAUGAUAAUUAUUACAGCCUUAUUCAUUC